AUGUCUGUGGAAGAAGUCACUCAAAAAGCCCAGGAUUUAAACAUCGAUCAACCAUCGACUGUUCUGUCGAGCGAAAAAGAGUUUCAGUUGAAGCACCCUUUGAACUCUAAGUGGACGCUUUGGUACACUAAACCUCCUGUGGACAAAUCAGAGUCUUGGUCAGACUUACUGCGUCCUGUAACUUCAUUUGAGACCGUGGAAGAAUUCUGGGCUAUUCACAACGCUAUUCCCAAGCCUCGCUACUUGCCGUUCAAGUCAGACUAUCAUUUGUUCCGCAAUGAUAUCAGACCCGAAUGGGAAGAUCCAACUAACGCCAAGGGAGGUAAGUGGACACACCAGUUCUGGGGCAAAACCCCCGACAUUGACGAUUUGUGGAUGCGCGCUUUGCUAGCAGUCAUCGGGGAGACUAUCGAUGAGGACAACUCCGAGAUUAAUGGUGUUGUUAUCAACAUCAGAAAAAGCGCUUACAAGAUUGCUAUCUGGACUAAAUCUGCUGACAACAAGGAAGCCUUGACCAGCAUUGGCUCUAAGUUCAAGACCGUCUUGAAACUUGGCGAUGACGCCCAAUUGGAGUUCUUGCCUCAUUCCUCUGCCUCUGAAAAACACCCCCAACCUUCCCUAGUUUUGUAA